UUGUGAGAGUAAGCGACCACGCCGCCGGAGGGUCAGUCGCCAAGAUGAUGGCAGUUCCGUCGGCGGAGAAGCGGCCCUUGAAACGUCAGAAAUUAGGGCCGCCAGAUGUCUAUCCACAAGACCCUAAGCAGAAGGAGGAUGAAUUAGAUGAUGUGAGUGUGAAGCAGGGAUUUACCCAUCGACCACAAAUUCAAGAUGAAUAUGGAAGUGCGCAAAACAUAUCUAUUACUUCUGCAAAGGUGGCAAACUACUUCAAUGCCAUCCUCAAGAAGAAAGCAGAAUGCAACCAACUGCCAGAUACUGCCAGGAAGAAACAGCAGAUCAAUAUCAAGGACAACUUCUGGUUGGUCACUCCAAGGUCCAAGACAGCGAUUGAGGCCUGGUUUAAGGACCUGGCAGGAUCAAAGCCCUUAAUGGCCCUUGCUAAGAAGGUGCCUAUCUUCAGCAAGAGAGAAGACAUGUUCCUGACACUGUGCGAGUACUCAGUGCCAAUGCUGAGGGCAACAUGGUUCAUCAAAAUGACAUCGGCAUAUCACGAAUCCAAAGUGGCUGAGUCCAAGAUCAAGAAGAGGCAGCAACCAGAUAUAGCACAAGGUGAGGAAGGAGGAAUAAGGAAAUGAGGAAAAGAGAGAAAUUGAUUAAGUUGUGCUUAGAUACAGAAAAGAAAGGCAGGGCUGUGGCAAGUCCGUUAAAAAAGGGCCUUACAAUGAGCAGGUUUUACAAGGAGGG